CGUACUUUAUUUUGAAAAUUACUUUCAUAGUAUCAAAGUUUAACCAAAAGUGUCUUAGGCCAAAAGUUAAAAAAAAUCGCCCAAUGAUCCACAGCCUUCUUCGAUCCACUCAUAAAUCGGUUUGUACUAUAAGACGUCUUUUUAAUUACCAUAAAAUCAUGGUUGAACCCUGUUCUGAAAAUAGUUCGAAUAUUCAGCAGUAUCGUGAGAUAUCGGUAACAAAUGACAAACGUAACAAGUUUGACCUUCCACAGCGGUAUGAAGGCAGUACAAAAAGUGUUUGGGUUGAAUACAUUCAGCUCGCUUCGCAAUUCAAGCCGUUAAAUCUUGGCCAAGGAUUUCCUGAUUACCAUGCCCCUAAAUACACAACGGACGCAUUGGCCGCUGUUGCUAAUAGUGUUGAUCCGCUGGCUAAUCAAUAUACCAGGGGAUUCGGACAUCCUCGGUUGGUGCAGGCCCUAAGUACCCUUUACUCACAACUCGUAAAUCGUACCAUCAAUCCGAUGACGGAAAUUCUGGUAACAGUUGGGGCGUACGAAGCACUUUUUGCAACAAUUCAGGGACAUGUGGACGUUGGCGAUGAGGUGAUAAUAAUUGAACCAUUCUUCGACUGUUAUGUACCUAUGGUGAAGGCGGCAUGUGGGGUUCCGAGAUUUAUUCCUCUGAAACCGAAAACAACUCAGGGCGUUACUUCAUCUGCCGACUGGGUCCUGGAUGACGGAGAGCUGCAAGCAUUGUUCAACGAAAAGACGAAAAUGAUAAUUAUCAAUACACCACACAAUCCCUUGGGAAAAGUUAUGAAUCGUGAGGAGUUGGAUGUUAUUGCUAAUCUCUGUCAAAAAUGGAAUGUAUUGUGUGUUUCGGACGAAGUUUAUGAGCACAUGGUGUUUGAGCCAUAUGAACACAUCCGAAUCUGUACGCUGCCUGGCAUGUGGGAACGCACCAUUACGAUCGGUUCUGCCGGCAAAACAUUUUCUCUGACUGGCUGGAAAAUUGGAUGGGCAUAUGGACCAGAAGCUUUACUAAAAAACCUUCAAAUGGUACACCAGAAUUGCGUGUAUACAUGCUCUACCCCGAUUCAGGAAGCGAUUGCUGUCAGUUUUGAAACUGAGCUGAAGCAACUCAAAAGUCCGGAUUGUUAUUUUAAUAGUAUAUCUGGAGAGUUGAAGGCAAAGCGUGACUACAUGGCGCAAUUCUUAGAGGAAAUUGGCAUGAAUCCAACCGUGCCGCAAGGAGGCUACUUUAUGGUGGCUGAUUGGUCAUCAUUGGCCUCAAAAGUGGAUCUGUCGCAGGAAACUGAUUCUCAAAAAGAUUAUCGCUUCACCAAAUGGAUGACAAAAACAAUUGGACUUCAAGGAAUACCACCAUCGGCCUUUUAUAGUGAACCGAACAAAUGCUUGGGAGAGGAUUUCGUUCGUUACUGUUUCUUUAAAAAAGACGAAAAUUUGCAAAAAGCAGCCAAAAUUUUACAGGAUUGGAAAAAAAGUUUGUAACGUUGGUCCAAUGAAAUCCUCAAAUGAAUGAGUUUUACAAUAUUAAUGCAUUUUUUCAGAUAGGUAGUUGAUAGAAAUGAAUGCUUGUGAUAAAAAUUUAGAUAAAAUCAUAGAUAUUUGUAAUAUAAAGAU